AUGGGAUGGACCGCAGGCUUUGGUUCACGCAUGAACUCCUUCAUAGACGACUUGUGGGUCGCGGUCUACAAGGGCCUGUCCGUGUCCAUAUGCGGUACCGACGAGUUCGUGGAAAACGUGUGGAGGAACCACUUCGACAAUGCCCUGAACCUCGGCAUCUGCCUGGCGCCGGUGUGCCGGGAGCUGUCCUCCCACGAGUGGAAGGAGCAGGGGGCGUGGGCGGUGGGCUUCUGGCUGACCCCCAAGCUCGCGACGGUGGACCACCAUUAUAUCUCUUCGCUGAAGAGGUAUUUAGCUUCACUAGUGUUCACCAUGAACCUGGCGCUGUCUGGGCUGGUCAACGAGACGCUACGACUUGCGUGGGCGUCACAGCAAAUUACCAUAGGAGCCUUGGGACCGGUACCUUGGCGUUCACAUCCGGCAUGGGGACAAGUACACAGAGACAUCGACAUUUUCUAUCGACGAGUAUGCCGCGAUGAUCAGACCGAACCUGCAGCAGAAUAA